UGGGGGGUAGCGAUGCGGCAGGUGGAGGUGGGUCGAAGUGAGAGGGGUCGUGAGGUACGGGAUCGUUGACACCGCGUGCGUUCGGGUGAGGCGAAGGGAUUGGAAGGGGCCGAGGUGGUGAGAUCUGCCUCUCGACUGCGAAGGGCCGCACGGGCUCUGGCAUCGGGAUAUUCAACCAAGACCCCGACUCGGUGUCCGCGAACGAGGGAAAGGGCUUGAAGGACGGCGGUGGAUGCGGUCUCGAGCCCUCUACGCGAAGUGGUUCGAUAGGAGGCAGGUUGACCCAGGAGCUGCUGGAGCUCGUCCUCGAGCGGUGAACUUGGGAGGAGGAUGGGCUGAUGGGGUACGAAGAUGGUCCAGCUCUGCUCGUACGUCCACUUGCAAGGCCUUCUCCGCUCGUCAAGCGUCCUCCAGUACUCGUCGGUUCCCCGAAGCUCGUCAGGCGACCCCUCCCGCUACUACUCUGCGCCCCUGCGCUGCUCCUCCGGUCCCCGCUUCUUCGCUCGCUGCUGCUGAACGAGUUGUCCGGGGCAUACGCCGGCGUGUCGUCCAUCGCGAUACUGUCGUUAGAUCUAUGUGUGCAGCCCGAUCCCAGCGACGCUGCGGUGUGGAGAGGUGGUCGUCAGAGUAAAGUGUGUCAUUCGCGAGGUUUCCGACCGGUAGAAGGGCGAGAGAUAGACCAGAAUAGGCAUCGCAGCUGAGAAGCUCGAACAGCCUCG